AUGCCUAUCCGCCGUUCAGAAGUCGUUAAGAAAGAUUCCGUGCUGAAGUUAAUAGAUGGGAGUGAGAAAGCCAUCCAACAACUUGAAACCCCUAUGAUUUUUCAGGACUACACGGACGGUGAGCUAAUGAGACUACUCAUUUACAUGUUCAAGAAAAGAGACGUGGAGGUUCAGGGCGGGUUUGAUGAUAAUAGCCUCCGAGUCCUAAUUCGACGAAUUAUGUCGAGUACACCUUCGGAAGCACUGAUGGCUACCAAUGCUCGCGCUAUAAAAGAUGAAUUCGAUAAGGUGUGUAGACGCCAAGCUUUGUGGCUACGGGGACCCGGAGAUAGUGAGCAUAAUCAACGGCUUCUUACCAGGGAAGACAUCGCUGGACCGACUCCGAAAGAUGAACUAGACGAAAAUGCCUCUUGGAAAGCAAUCAAAGCUAUGAUAGGGCUAGAGAAAGUCAAGAGUGAAGUCAUCCAACUUUUUGACUUCGCUCAAAUGAAACGCGAAUGUGAACUCCAGGGGAAGAAACCAACUAAAGUGAAUUUGAACCGGUUGUUUCUUGGUCCGCCCGGGGCAGGCAAAACAACAGUUGCUAAACUGUAUGGUCAGAUUAUAGCUGACCUGGGGCUGGUUUCGAAAAAGGAUAUUAUGGUACGGAAUGGCGGUGAUCUAAUAGGUCAAUACAUAGGACACACGGAGCAACGUACGAGGGGAAUACUCAGAGAUUCUCAAGGCAAAGUCCUAAUUAUUGACGAUGCACACAUGCUGUACCAAGGCACCGGCCAUGGGACGGACGAUUCAGAUGUAUUCCGCCAGGCCGCCGUCGACACUCUCGUUGCCAAUACGUCUGCGGAUCCAGGGGAAGAUAGGUGUAUCAUUCUUGUUGGAUACGAGGAUAAAAUGCGAGAAUUCUUCAACAACACCAACCCUGGACUACAGAGACGAUUUCCCAUGGAGAGCGCUAUAUGCAUCAAACCGUAUAGCGAGGACCGUCUAUGUGAUAUCCUGGACUUAAAAAUGGCCGAAAAUGAGAUUAAAAUGACAGAAAGUGCUAGGAAGGUCUCUCGCGAAGUGUUACGGCGUAUGCGGAUUAAUCCUAAAUUUGGCAAUGGUGGCGACGUCGAAAAUCUGUUGUCUAGGGCAAAGACCCGAUAUGUAGCACGGACAAAACAAAGUUCUUCAUUCAACCUCAGUGGCUCCCAGAUGGUCCUGGACCCGGCCGACUUCGACCCGGAUUAUGAUCGUGCUUCCAACGCCGACAAAAGCCGCAAGACUCUCUUUGAGGGCUUUGUAGGUUUCGAGGAGAUUGUUGAUCGAUUCAAGAGAUACCAGGGACUAGCAGUAGGAAUGCGGCGACACGAUAUAGAUCCAAGGCCGCAUAUUCCUUGGGCGUUCAUCUUCAAGGGCCCACCUGGUACCGGAAAAACAUCAACUGCACGGAAGAUUGGUCGCCUCUAUUAUGAUAUGGGCUUGCUAUCCACCGAUGAAGUCGUUAUAUGCUCGGUAACGGAUUUAAUCGGAGAGUGUAUGGGGCAGACAGGCCCUAAAGUUAUCAGCAAUCUCGAGCUGGGUCUUGGAAAGGUCCUCUUUAUUGAUGAAGCCUAUCGCUUAAUCGGGACUGGAAGCAAAGGUGGUUACCAUAGUGAAGCUGUUGGCGAGCUUGUCGACGCUAUGACUAAGCCGCGCUAUGCGGGUAACAUGGUCGUCAUCUUAGCUGGUUACACCGAAGAAAUGGAGUACUUGCUUCGCAUGAACCAGGGUCUUCGGAGUAGAUUUGCGACGCAUGUCGCGUUCCCUCAUAUGGACCCGCAUUCGUGCUUAGUCCAUCUAAGAAAUGAGGUCCAGAAGCUCAAUAUUGACAUCGUAAACGAGGAGGUUCCGGGACAAGACAACGAUGAACAAGUUCACCAACUCUUCGCGAAGCUCAGCCACACAAAGGGGUGGGUGAACGGUCGAGACGUCGAGACCCUGGCUAAAACUAUCGUUGGCGAUGUGUAUUCGCGCGAAGGCCGGUUGGAGCCCGACAGCAUUGUCGGUGCUUUGACUAUUUCGAUGUCCCAGCUAAUCGAGGUCCUUGAGAAUAUGCUGCAAGAGCGAAUGAGCACUUAUGACUGUGGCGAAGCGGAUAUUUAA